AAGGGGGAAUACCGUGUAGAGCUAAUGCAUGAAUCCAUGUGACAAAGAUAAUGAUACUGAAAUAUGAUAUAAAAUAAAAAAUAACCAAAACAUAAUGUUCAAACAAAAAAAAAAAUUCUAAUUGAGCAAUGUGUUUUUAUAUAUCAUUGCAAAGGUGGACGGAGAAAAUAGCGUCUAUAUUGAGGAUGAUGGGGAAAAGACUUACGGCCUAAUUAAUUAUUAGGCCGCGUCGGAUGCUGCCGCGUCGGAUGCUGCCGCUGGAUGCUGCGCCCACGCGCCAUCGAUACAAGAUCCACUGCGCAGGCGCGGUGGGUCGGGACGCAAGGCAGAAGAAGAGGGAUAGAAAAAUGGCUCUUGAUAAUUUAAUUUUCGCGCAAUGUAUUCUUUAUUUUUUAUCUUUUGUUUUUGGUUUCAUUGCCGUAGUGCCCCUGUCGGAAAACACAGAAGAUUUCCGGGGGAAGUGCUUGCUCUUCACCCGGGGCAUUUGGCAGAACGAGAACAUCACUGUGUCGAAGCAGCGGUUCAUCGUGGAGGAGUGGGGACCCGAGUCGUCCUGCAGCUUUAUCACUUUUGUCGGAAUAGCAUCUCUUAUCCUGUCCGCAGUGCAGGCAUGGAGACUGCUGUUCUUCCUAUGCAAAGGACACGACGACACCAUCUUCAACGCCUUCCUGAACCUGCUCAUCAGCUCCCUGGCCGUGUUCACCGUCUUCCUGUCCAGCACCAUCGUCACCGUGGGCUUCAACCUGUGGUGUGACUCUGUCACCGAGGGCGGAAGCAUGCCCAGCAGCUGUGAAGAACUGCAAGACACCGACCUGGAGCUCGGUCUGAACAAUUCAGCUUUCUACGACCAGUUUGCGAUAGCUCAGUUUGGCCUGUGGGCGGCGUGGCUCACCUGGCUGGGGAUCGCGGUGCUAGCCUUCCUCAAGGUGUACCACAACUACCGGCAGGAGGACCUGCUGGACAGCCUGAUCCACGAGAAGGACCUGCUGCUGGGGCGCUCCGCUCUGCGCUGCCGCUCCGACGCACACCUGAAGACCGGCCUGAUCUGAGGGCCGGAGGAGGAGACACAGACACCAGACGGACGCACACACACACACGGACGCACACACACGCAUUCAUGCACACACACACACACAAGCACACAUACUGUAGCAAACACGGACACACAAACCUGCACACACACACAUACCGACGCACACACUGACGCACACACACGCGCAGCCAUGUAUAGAGUGACAUUCGUGCACGCACAUACACUCAUGCACGCACAUGCAUGCAUGGCCAAACAUACACACUUACUGUCACUCUAUGCAUACAAAUGCACACAUGCACACACACACACACGCACUGACACACACAGUCCUCGUUUUCUACUGUGAGCAAGACAGAUGCCAAAAUAGACAAUCGAAGAUCAGUAUUUCAGUCGGUGGUGGAUUGAAUCAAACAGGAGGUUUUAGCUUUGCAGAGGCUAUGUAGUACUUCAUACUAAUCAACAAGCAGCGAGGUGCAGUGUCUGUUUCUAUACCCGUCAUACUGAUGACUCAAACAGACUUACUGCUUAUAACGCACACCAUCCUGUCUAGCUGUAGCUUUUGCAUGGAUUGUUAUGCAUGAACCAAACGGGUUUUAAAUGUGCCACUAUCCUGUACCUAAAAGGGUUUCUGUGCUUUCCCAGUGGAGUCACCCUAUAACUUGGCAGAGGAAAAACCAUUGCAUGCUGUAGAAUAAAGCUGUUUGCUUUCGCAGUUCAUACACAACUGUACAUCAAGAAGUGUAACUCUCCAUUGUAUUUUGUCCAACUUCGCCAUCGAUAGAAUGCUUCGUAGGACGACUCAUUCCAGAGUACUCUUCUGUCCUUUGUGAGGACAGGAAAGUACCUAACCCUGCUUUAUCAUACUCACAAGAAUAUAUUCUUUAUUUCUUUACAUGCUGCCAGGAGGACAUUGAACUUAUGUAUACCUAGAAGAAUUUCUACUGAGAACCACAAAAACGCACACACAUAAACAGACUCACACAAAGGAUCCAUGGGUCGGGGGUAAGACCAAGUCUUCCGUUCAGUGGACUUUGGUAUGUAAUGACAGUUUUAUUCAAAACAAUCAAAAACAAAUCAUAAAAAAGUUAAGAACUAAGUAAACCUCCUAAAAAAGGCACACUUUACAAAGUGACCAUAUACGUUUGGACUGCCAUAACACAGCUACUCAACCAAAAGGUGUGUUCAGGAGCUAGUUGGGUGCGUUUUAUUGCUAAUAGCAAUUGUGUUUGCCAGUACUACCGGAACGGAGCCUUUCUCCUGUUGACCUCGGCUCUUAAGCCUUCUGUUGCUUCAACUGCUAGACUUUCAGAGUACAAUGCUUCCCUUUGUUUUCCCUGAAACCUGUUGGAUAAAACAAUGUUUUACUGAAAA